AAAAAAAAGAUGGCGUCUUCCAUGGGAUGGAGAUGUGUAUCAGUGUUAUUUUUUGUAGUGUUUCUAGUGGCGGUUCAUUGUCAGGACAGUAAACCUAAAAAGAAGAAAGAUAUUCGGGAUUACAAUGACGCGGAUAUGGCGAGACUGCUGGAGCAAUGGGAGAAAGAUGAUGACAUUGAAGAAGGUGAUCUGCCAGAGCACAGAAGAACUUCCCCACCCAUUGACUUCUCCAAAGUGGACCCUUCCAAACCUGAAGAGCUCCUGAAGAUGUCCAAGAAGGGAAAGACCGUGAUGGUGUUUGCAACGGUGUCAGGAAACCCCACAGAGAAGGAGACAGAGGAGAUCACCAGCCUGUGGCAGGGCAGCCUGUUCAAUGCCAACUUUGAUAUUCAGAGGUUUGUGGUGGGUUCCAACCGUGCCAUCUUCAUGCUACGUGAUGGCAGCUAUGCGUGGGAGAUUAAAGACUUCCUGACUCUCCAGGAGCGGUGUGAGGACGUGACUGUGGAGGGCCAGGUGUUUCCUGGGAAAGCAGCCAAUAAGGCUAACAAAGCCAACAAGGAGAAAGAGCAAAAUGAGACCAAGAAGAAGAAGAAAGGCAAGAAUGUAGCCAACCAAGUAAAUAAAAGUAAACAGGAGCUAUGAUGGCACUGAUGUCAAUAAGGCUUGUGGAGCAGAAUAAAUGCGGGUUGAUGCCUUGAACAGAGACUACACUCUGAAGAACUAAUGAGCCCAGUUGUCGAGAGUGUUUCAGGCACUGUGUUCAGGCAUGUGCCUCAUUUCUAUACAUGGUUAAAUCAGUGAUACCAUGCUGCUGCUCCUACAUCAUUAUUUCCUCACAGAAGGUACUUGCUUUAAGAUCCUUCAGAAAGAACUUCAUUCACUAUACUGUUAUUUUGGUCUCUCAAAUUGUUCCACUAGAUGUAUCUAUAAAAAGAUUUGGCCUUAUUACAUACCUAGUUGUACAUCACCACUUGAAUUCAACACAUUGCAUUUUCAAUCAAAAUAAAACAUAUUUGUAAUACA